AUGGCAAAACAACAGAAAGCAGAGCCUUGUCCAACAGGAAGUGAAAUUCAGGUGCGCUACUGCUUGGUCAGGAGAGCCUUGGCUUUUGACCAGUCAAACUUGCUGGACUUCAAGUUGAUGGAAACGUGGACAGAGAAACUUUUGCAGAGCCGUUUAGAAGAACCUUCUCCAGGCUUUGCACGAACGACAAUGAAACAAUUGGAGUUAGCAGAUAGGAAGCUGUUUUGCAUACUGGCUGAGAAAACGAGAGAAGGAAUCAAGUGCACAACCACGGGGAGGCCUUUGGAUUUAGUUUUCAAAGAAUGCACAGAGUCGUCAGAAGUGCCUGCGUUGCUUCAACCUCAACCCAUCAGCAUGUCAGCGCAGCCAGAAAGAACCAGAGAGGCCAAUAGCAACGCAGGUGAACCACCGGCCAAGAAACCUAGGCCGUCCAAUGAAGACGCUGUUGUUGAAAACAGUGCCGGGGGCGAGCUUGAGACCCAUAUGCAUGUAGACACAACGAAUGUUUUUCCUGAAAAGGCAGAUGCAAAUUUUUCGGAUUUCAAACAGGUUGACGAUGUGGGCACAAAGGCAGACAAACCAUACGUUUUCCUUGAGCUAUGCGCCGGGAGCGCUUCCUUGUCAGCGGAGGUAAAGAAGAUUGGAGUUGAAGUUUUUGCGUUCGACCAUGAUUCAAACAGGCAUAAAACGAAGUGCAAAGUCAUCAGCAUGGACCUCAGUCAACCCUAUGCAAUAGACAGGAUCUCUGCAAUGAUCCACAACUGCGUGCUGUUGGGAGUCCACAUAGGGCCUCCGUGUGGGACAUGUAGCAAAGCGAGAGGGAUCCCGAUGGCAGAUGGUUCAGCAGGGCCUCAACCAUUGAGGUCGAAGUCACACCUGUUAGGCUUACCAGGCCUACGUCCUCAUGAUCGUGCCAGGGUUGAUGCGGCAAACUUGCUUUAUUCGCAGUUGGGACGGUUGGUUGAAAUUUUGGAAUGCCACAACAUACCAUGGACGAUUGAGAACCCUACUAACAGUUUUCUGUGGGACUUGCCGUUUUUCGCUUUUGCAAUGGCUCAUGGGAUCAAAUUUGAUUGCCACGCAUGUGCAUAUGGUAGCACCAGAAAGAAGUUGACAAGCUUUCUGGCCAACAGAGAUGAGUUUCAGGCAAUGUCCAGGUUUUGUGACGACGUUGCACCGCACCAGCAUGAGGGUUGGGGCUAUGACAGCAACAGCAAGUGCUUCAAUACAGCGAAGGAGGCGGAAUACCCGCUGCAGAUGUGCCAGCAGUAUGCACGCAUACUUGAAGGUUUCAUGGACAACACUUUACUGCAGGCGAAAACUGACAGGAUGUUGCCACAGAUUCAGCCAAAAGGCAGAAAGACACCCCAAAUCAUUCCUGAGUUUUUGGAUGUAACUUCUUGCGUGUUGGAUGCGGUGCCGGCAGUCUUGAGAGGUCAUGUGCACCCUGCAUGGAACAAGGUCGCUUUUGGUGUUGAGGCUACGUGCGUGGACAUGAAAGCGGCCUACAAACAGCUGCCUUUGAACCCUUGCGAAUACCACAGAACUGUUGUCAGCCUUUGGGAUGUUCAGCACAACAAACCAUCCUGCUUCCUGAUGAGAACGUUGCCCUUUGGGGCGGCAGCGAGCGUACAUCACUUCCUUAGGGUUAGCAGUUUCUUGCACUCUGUAGGACUUCAUGCUGGGCUGUGUUGGGGAGCGUUCUUUGACGACUUCCCUUUGGUUUGCAACGUUGCCAACAGACAGAGCACCUUGUCGACGGCAUUGGGAUUGAAACUAGAGCCCUUUGGCAAGGUUGCGACGAUGCUUGGAGUUGAGCUCGAUUUGGAGAGCGCGACAGAUGGUUUUAUAAGAGUUCGAAACAAAGCUUCCAGAGUGGAGGAGGUCUCAGGAUGUAUCAAUGAAAUUUUACAAUGUGGUUUUGUGGAUGCGAGCAAGUUGCCCUCCUAUUUGGGGAAGCUUCAGUUUGCCGAAGCUCAGUUGUGGGGCCGUGCAGGAAGACUUGCUUUGGCUGAUUUGAGGGAAGCAACAGUGCACAAGUCUGGGUCGGUCCCUGUCACCCCGGAAGCCCGAGAAGCGCUGUUGGUCUUGCUGGAGAGAUUCACAAAUGGAAAACCCAGAGAAAUCCGAGCGUCAAUGCCAUGCAAACCUCACUUGCUGUUUACAGACGGGGCCUUGGAAUACGACACAGAUGGCAGACCUGAAGCUACCAUCGGAGGUGUCAUGUGCGACCGAGAAGGAAAAGUAUUUUGUUUUGGAUGCAAUGUACCUGAAAGCUUGCUGCAAGCGUGGCAGGCGAGAGGGAGGAUGUCAUUGGCCUAG